AUGGAAUUUGUAGCUUUGGAAAGCAACCCCAAGUUGUACAUCGUUGAUUACCCGCCGCCUUUUUGGGAUCUUUGCCGCCAUGCCAAACAACACCUCCUCCCCGUCAAGCGCCCCGGUCUCGCUCGUCGAGCGGUCUCCUCGCAUGCAGUAGUCACGCGGGCGAAUACCACCAGCGACUUGUCCGAGUCGCACACCAACAAGGCCCUCCUACACCCUGUACACCAUAAGUCACAUCGCGCACAUGUUGUGGGUGGUCACCGCAAUCAUCAUCGAAACCCCUCGCUUGGGAAGAACCUGAGCAAACUGAAGCUCUUUCAACUUGCCCCCGAGGCAACCGCUCGAAACCACCAUCGCAAGAAGUCUGCCCCGGCGACUCCUGUGGGUAGCCCCAAGGACAAGGGACAUGUACGUUGGGACGGCGCGCUGGAAGAUCACCCGAAGAACUCGAUGAAAAGAAAUAACUCGACCCCCGUUCUAAGACACAACAACUUUGGUGGGACUGUGAGUAAGAAAGCUCUUGUAGCCGACCGCCCGCUAUUGAGCGCUGGCAAGAAGAAGUCGGUUGGAUUUGAGUUGGGCGAUGAUCUUAACGACGACGCUGAGUGGGAAGACACCACGCAAUCACCCGAAAGUACAAGGCGCAACUCGGUCGCGCCCUCUAACCCCAGCCUCGAGAACAACAACCAAGUCCUCGUCGAUCCCCUUACUUUUGUGAAGCGACCGUAUCCGCAAAUAUCUCGCGCUACCAGUCUCCCAGAAUCGAUCACAAACAAAUUUGUCCGCGACCAGUCCGAUCCAGACGAAGAAGACGAGGACGAAGACGAAGACGCGGACGAGCGGGAGGACGAUUCCCAGGAACUUGACCAGUCCGCCGACCAGGGCGAUAUCGCGAACCGUUUGUUGAGUCCCACCCACUCUGCGAAAGCACCACCAGCUAUGUCUUCAAUCUCAGCGAUGGCCAAGCCGUCGACCAAGGAUCCCGCGUCGCGCAGUGCCUCCGUGAACCUGGCCCAAGAUAAAACUCGACGGACAUUCUCUACAUCCAACCCUGGGCUGGCCAUGACACCUGGUAGCCAGCCCCACGCAACUUCAUCCUCGAUGGAGGGCGGCGUUUCCAGAUUUAUUGUUAGCAAUAAGACCGCCAACCAAGCAUCAUCGCGAACUGAUUCCGACCCGAACACCCCCUCCUCAUUCCUCCCUCACUACCACCCACAAACACCCCCAUCUCCAAACCGCGGCGCUGCAAAAGCAGCAGCAUCUCCAGCUCGGCCCCUCGCUACGUCAUCUACUGCCAUGGACAUGGCAGCAAACCAAGUACGCCCUGGUACUGUUACCUUUGAUGUCAGCAGAGGCAUCAACGGCGGGGCUCGCACUGGGGCUAUUGGUCAUGACAAUGAAUCGCGACAAACUCGCAAAGCAUAUGAGAAGGUAGCUUUGGAGCUGACAGCAGUACGACGAUUCCAAUCACCCACGGGUGAUAGCUUCAACCGACUGCGUUCCAUCGCUCGUGCAUCCAAGGCAUCUGCCCUUGGCAAACCUAUCAAGUCGGCCCCCUCGUUACCCCUUCUUCAGACUGGUAAACGCCCCAGUCGGCUUGGGUCUAGUUCAGAAUCGAAGUCGCAGCUUCGUGACCCACAAUCCUCCACCUCGGAAGAUCCGGCCACUCAGAGCGAGUCCACCGACGCUAUGCAGGCAGCCAAAUCCUUUCACCCCUCCCACCGAAUUCUUUCUACAUCGGACGAGGCUGUGCAUGGCCUGACCGGAGAGCAAGAUACCGAAGACUAUCCGCGAGUCAACCAAACCGAUAUGAUGAUCCGUCGCAUGUGGGAGAGUCGAGAAGUGGCUACGUCUGGAUAA